AUGGCUGGACGCUUUGUGCGCGCGUCGAAAUAUCGACAUGUGUUCGGAAAGCCGACAAAGAAAGAGUUUUGCUACGAUAAUCUGCGUAUAAGCCGUAAUGCCUGGGAUACAAACAUUAUCAAGGCAAACCCAGAGUACCUUUCCGUCAAUUGGGAAGCUGGUGGCGGGGGAGCAUUUGCGGUUAUUCCCGUAUCUGAAAAAGGCCGGCUUCCAGAGCACAUUCCUCUUUUCAGAGGUCAUACUGCACCAGUGCUGGACACGGACUGGAAUCCGUUUAAUGACCAUUUAAUAGCUUCAGGCUCGGAGGAUGGAAAGGUCUUUAUUUGGCAGGUCCCUAAAGACUUUACCCUCUACAUCGACCCCGAAGAAUCAGCAGAAGUUGAGCCAGUAUGCAAAUUUGCAGGGCAUUCAAGGAAGGUUGGACAGGUCCUCUUUAACCCUGCAGCUGAGAACAUCCUAGCAUCCGCCUCUGGAGACUAUAAUGUGAAGUUAUGGGAUGUUGCUUCCGGAAAAUCCUACCUAAGCUUGAAACAUCAUGAAAUCGUACAGAGUCUCUCCUGGAGCGCGAAUGGAUCGAUGCUGGCUACGACCUCCCGUGACAAACAGCUACGAGUAUGGGAUGUCCGACAGGAAAAUCCCGUCUUUUCUGUUCAAGGUCAUAACGGCGCAAAGAAUAGUCGAGUGGUCUGGAUGGGUGAACAUAAUCGUCUAGCAACGACCGGAUUUUCGAAGAUGAGCGACCGCCAGAUGGCUUUAUGGGACGUUGGGAACCCAAGCGAGCCUAUUGGUGGAUUUUCACAUCUUGAUUCCAUAUCUGGUGUUUGCAUGCCGUUUUGGGAUGACGGGACCCAAUGCUUGUUUUUGGCAGGAAAAGGCGAUGGAAACAUUCGAUAUUUUGAAUAUGAAAACGACAAGUUUGAGUUUCUUUCUGAGUACAAAUCUCCGGAGCCCCAAAGAGGUAUUGCUUUUGUUCCAAGGCGCGGUAUUAAUGUUCAUGAGAACGAAAUCAUGCGAGCUUACAAGACCGUCAAUGAUACAUAUAUUGAACCUAUAUCCUUCACAGUUCCAAGACGAGCCGAAGUAUUCCAAGCAGAUAUUUAUCCACCUGCGAUAGGUCUAAAACCAGCACUCUCUGCCUCAGAAUGGUUGGCGGGAAAUGACGGCAUUCCCGCAAAAAUUGAUUUGGAAAGCAUAUACGAAGGAAAUGCUCCGGUUGAAAUCUCAUCACAGUAUGUACCACCGACUGUAGUGUCGGUCCCAGCUACACGAGCGAUUUCCGUGGGCGCAAAGGAUGAGCCCCAACUUGCAUCUCAGAAGAAAGAACCUAUGCUAGAACAGAAGGUGUCCAUUUCUGCCAUUGCCUCCAAAUUUCAGGAUGACGUCACCACUUCGGAUGAUGAAUCCUCAAGCUUUAACAAUACAUCAAAACCCGGCCCCACAACGGGUACUGACGAUAGUAAAGAAACCAGGACUCAUUUAUCUGCAGUAACCUCUUUUACUAAAGCCACACCCAAAAAUGUUGAAAAUGAGUCGCAUAAUAUACCAAAUCCUAUCCAAUCUAAACCAGAAGACAAAACAAACUCUAAUAAAUCUGACAAAGAUCCCUCCUCUGAUAAGGACCUUCAAAGCUCGCUGGCUCAAAUAAAAGACCUUUUGCAAACGCAAAUCCAGACAAUAAAUAGCCAGAGCCAACAAAUAGGUCGUUUGGCGCAAGAAGUCGAUACAUUAAAAGCUAAGGUUGGUUCGGGGUCGCAGGAGCAGAGUGAAAGAAUUCAGCAAUUGGAACGAGAGUUGGAAGCUACGCGAACCUAA